AAGAAGAGACGAAACAAUGGUCGUUCAAAGAAAGGUCGGGGUCAUGUUCAAUUUGUUCGCUGCAGCAAUUGUGGCAGAUGCUGCCCUAAGGAUAAACGCAUUCCGAAAUUUGUAGUUAGGAACAUUGUUGAAGCUGCCGCUGUUAAGGAUUUGACUGAAGCAUCUCUUUACUCUGGUAUGUCAUUCUUUGUUUUUUUACGUUGUUUGUGGUUGCCUAGUAGUUUGCCUUAUUUCAUGCUAAGUUACGCGUUGCCAAAGCUUUAUGUUAAGCUGCAAUACUGUGUUAGCUGCGCGAUACAUGGGAAGAUCCUGCGAAGCCGCUCUAAGGCAGAUCGGAAAAUCCGGAAACCUAUCCAGCGUCGCAUUGAAUUGAAUCGUAACUAA